CUUCUGCUGCUAUGGGCUGCUGCUUUUCUUAUUUAUUUUAAUAAAAGCAGUGGACAUCUGAACAUGGAUGAGAUAUGAUACUAGAAAGAGGGUUUACUCCAUCUGAAGGCAAAAUGUAGAGAGAGACAGCAUUGUUGGAAUGGCCUGCAUAGGAAGGACCUGACGCAUGCACAAAUGCUAUCCACAAGGGGGGCCAAACAUACAUCAGAGCCUUUUAAAGCCUGCAGGGAGGAUUGUUUUCUUUUUGCACUAUUGCUAUAUCUGUCUGUAAGCUAAACCAAAAAGCCCCAUCCUCAGGAUCACACUGUGUUUCACCAUGAAUGUUGCUGCAUCAUCGACGGCCAGUGAGGCUUCCUCCCCUAUGAUAACCUCUGUGACUCCCACCCUGGAACUUGGCCCUGAUAAACACGAUGAUCCGUGUGGGCCCAGCGUCAGCGGGGAUGAGCCAACCCAGAAACAAGAUCCCUACCACAGGUACCAAAAACCCCCUCCUCUCCACACAGGGGCCGACUGGAAGGUGGUUCUGCACCUGCCGGAGAUCGAGACCUGGCUGAGGACCACGACAGAGAGAGUCAGAGACCUUACACACUCUGUGCAGCAAGACAGCAUCAAUAGACACGUGGAUGUGCACCUGGUACAACUCAAGGACAUCUGUGAAGACAUAUCGGAUCAUGUCGAGCAGAUCCAUGCCCUGUUGGAGACUGAGUUCUCCCUGAAGCUCCUGUCCUACUCAGUGAACAUCAUAGUGGACAUUCGGAGCGUGCAGCUCCUCUGGCACCAGUUGCGAGUGUCCGUGUUGGUUCUGAAAGAGAGGCUUCUCCAGGGCCUGCAGGACUCCAACGGCAACUACACCCGCCAGACUGACAUACUGCAAGCCUUCAGCCAGGAUCACGACGAGGCUCGGCUGGAUGCUUUGACCGAAGUGGACGACUCUGGCCAACUGACUAUUAAAUGCACUAAGGACUACUUCUCCUUGGACUGUGGCAUCACUGCUUACGAACUGAGCGACUACAGCCCCAUUGAUGACCCAGAAGGUCGAGGGCCACGCUCCCUUUAUCCUGAGUUGGAGCAAGACUUUCCAGAACUGGUUCAGAGUGUGGAUCUUCUAAACAUCGCGGCCUCUAGACAAAAUCAGGUGUCAUCUCCACCUGCAGAAGAGUCAAUUACCUCCACCCAGGAACCUCAAGAGACAAUCAGCGGCCCCAACGAAGAAGAAAGUGCACCAGAUUCAGCAAUGCAGGGAGAUUGCGGCUUUGGCCUUUCCAAACGCCCACUUCAAAGUGGCUUUAAGAGUGAUGUGUCUCCUACACAGCCUUUGCCUAAAAAGCCCAUGUACGUGGAGGGUGAUGGGUACACAAGGUGCACUAGGUCUUCACCUCUCAGGUACCAGGCUGACAUGAGCAGAAGCACACCCUCCCUUCUGGAUACACCAGAUCGCUCAAAGUUUUGGCUGGAGCUGGAAUCAGUCUAUCCAGGCAAUGGGAGUCAGUCCUAUGAAAGUCUCCAUGCCAUAAACGGGAGGAACUUGCAGAUGAGUCUCAAGAGACCAUCUGAAGUCCCUCUGGAGAGACACUCAUCAGAGGCCAUGCAGGGAUUCCACACGGAGAAGCACUUGACAAACUUCAAGACUGUGCACUCCAAAGCCAAGCAGGCUUACAGUGACUCUUCCAGUCCUCCACCAUCUUCAGGGGAGGACAUCUCAGACCCCGACCAGCGGGAAAUGUCAUCCAGCCCGGACGAUCAAGCUCCCACCACAGGUUCUCUCUGGAUCAUGAACCAGAAUGCUUUGUGCAUCUCCAACCCAUCAGAGAGCCCCAAAGAGCACUGGUAUGGCUCAGAUGAGUUCCUUACUCUUCCCACCCAGCUGAAAAAGACAGAGAUGUUGACAAUGAAGCUGGAAAGCCUCACUCAGGCUUUACCACAAAGGAGUCUGCAAGAGUCCAUCCAGGACGUGGAUGACUGGGAGCUUACUGAGGUCAACCCUGAUUGGGAGAGCAGCAAUGAUCUUCUUUUGCUUCACCCCUAUAAGAAGCCCUCCCGAGCCGGCCGCUUUUCACCUACCUCCUCGAGCGACGUGGCACCUUCUCUGGAUGACAGCAUAGAGUCUGGCCCACUCAGCGACCUGUUGUCCGAGGAUGAGGGGGCACGAAGUACACCUGAGUCCAAGGGUAGAAAUAUAUCAGCUGGCCGGCCCAAUGCACCAAAGAUGAUGUUUCAAUGCACACCCUUGAUACAGCAACUACUAGAAGAUAUUCAGCACCAAGAGAACUACCAUGAUGUCUGGGCGAAGCUAGAGGGUUUUGUCAGCAAACUGGAUGAGUUCAUCUGCUGGCUGAGAGACGCUCUCGAAACCACAGACAACUGGACGCCUCCCAGAGCUGAUAUCCACAGCCUCAAACUCUACCUGGAAACUCACCUUAGCUUCAAACUCAAUGUGGAGAGUCACAGCGCUCUGAAAGAUGGUCUCCUGGAGGAGGGACAGCAGCUCCUGGAACUCAUCACCUCCCACAAAUCAGGACUGCGGGACAUGCUCCACAUGAUAUCCCACCAGUGGCAGGAGCUGCAGAGACAGAUCCGCCGUCAGCACAACUGGAUGCUGCGCACGCUGGACGCCAUCAAAUCCCACAUCCUGUCCAGUGAGAGGGACGAGGAGGAGCGGGAAACUCACAGUCAUCACGACAGCCCCAAGCAGGUGGAGGUCCAACAGAGCCAUCGAGAGGCCCAGAAGGAUGUUCUGGAUCAGAUGAGAGUGAAACUUAAAAGUCAACAGUACUGCUCCAACAGCAGAAGUGUCGGCUUCACCCUGAUGUCCAAGUCCAAUAGCCUAUCAGAGUUUGAGGCGGAGUACCAGGAGCUCUGUGAUUGGCUGAUGGACAUGGAAUCCAUAGUGACGGACAGCCAUGAUCUGAUGAUGUCAGAGGAACAGCAGCAUCACCUGUAUAAGGGGAACAGUGUGGAGAUGUCCAUGUGGCUUCCUAAAAAGAUGCAGCUUCUGGGCUGGUCUGAAUCUCUGAAGAGGAGCGGCACUGAACUUCCUGCGGACUUUGACUCACGGCUGACGGCCCUCAGGAGCAAAUGGGAUCAACUCGAGAAAACCCUGGCAGAGCAUGUGGAGCCCAGUGUGGACCAGCGGAGUCAGCGUGAACUUCUGUCUCCAGACACCAGUAGGAUGGUGACCCAGCUGGAGAGCCGGAUAAAGGAGUUAAAGAGCUGGCUGAGAGAAACCGAGCUCUUCAUCUUUAAUCUGAAGCUCAGACCAGAAGCACAACAAUGUGAGAGCGGCACUCAAGACACUGAUGACCCACAGCACGACCCGCAGGCCACCAAACAGCUGCAGCACUUCAAGGCUCUGUGUAUGGAGAUGCGGAGCAGACGGAAGGGCAUUUCCUCCGUGCUGAGGCUCUGUCAGAGGCUGCUGGAUGGGCCUGAACAGCAGAGUUCAGAGGCAGAGCGCCAGUCGCUGCAGCUGCUGCAGGUCAACCUGGAGAGACGUUGGGAGGCCAUCGUCAUGCAGGUCCUUCAAUGGCAGACCAGACUGAAACGCUCGGUGGGCAGAGACCAGGUCCCUGAGAACCUCAUUGAGCCUUCUCUCAUGGAGCUCCAUGGCCAGACGGAAGACUCUUGGGAGUGGGACGAAAUGGACAUGACCAUUUGUUAUCUGGAUACACAUGACUGUGAAGAUGAACAAAAGCCUGGAUCUAAAUCACACCUUAUUUCCCCAAAGGAGAAUUCAAAUCUCACCGAGUCAUGCCCAAAUGACACACGGUACGGAGCAGCCUUGAGCUCUGCAGAACUGAAUUCAGAAUCUUCUCGUGUUUAUCAGGUGUACAGUCUGCAUAAUGUUGAACUCUACCAACAACCCCAAUAUAAUCACAAAUCAUCAUCAACCAAAUCCCAACAGUCACUUUUGAAGCGGCUGAGCAUGGAUUCCUCCUUCUCCUCUGCCGAAUCCUUACCUGACAUUAUGGGAGACCUGUUGAAGGGGAAGCAGGAGCUGCUAUCAGAUUCAGCCAGGAGAUCGGAGAGCGAAAGUGGGAUAGUUAGUGAAGGGGACAUGGACACCACAGGUAACUCUGAGGUUUGCCUGCUAUUCCAGAGCGAUGAUCCAAAAGUUUGUGUUACUCUCACCCCUCCUACCAGAGAAGAUGGAGACAGAGUGUCAGAUGAAGACAUAGACAGAGUUUUGGAGCGUGCCAACAAGUGUGCAGAAUAUGGUGACAGUCUUAACAUUGGGCAGAGAGACCAGCAAUGGCAUAUCGUGAGAAAGAAGAGAGAAGAUGGUGGAGAAAGCAGGAAGAAACACCGCAAGGAGCCAAUGAAGAUUUAUACCAACGGCUUUGGGCUAAGCCAAGAGGCUAAUGAUAAAUAUCUCAACAUGAGCGGAGAUGAAGAGAGGGUGACUACACACCGAAAGCUCCAAAAGGAGUUCACACAGCUUUCCCAGGGGUCUUCUCUUGACUCUCUUUUCACAGUAGGGGAGUUAUUUCCAUCGAGCAAAGAGGCACUGACUCGUAGCACUUCUCUGGAAAGUUGGCUCACUCCAUGUAAGAGUACAGAGGACACGGGCAGUAAGGAAAGUCUGAGGGACGUUGAAUCGACUGUGGAGCCCACAGGGGAACUCAGCAGAAGAACUCUGGAACUUCUAAAACGCCUUGAGAACAUCCAAAGCCCUCUUGAAAUGAAGAUGACACGGAGCGUUUCUGACGUAACGCUCCAGAGCAGCUCGCUGUGGCAUGGGUCACGCUCGGCUGGAGCUCCCUCCUCCAUUAACGAGAGCUCAGCAGCCUCCCUGACGGAGCUGAGCAGCACAGAGGACUUGUCUGUGGCAUCUGAGGACCUAGCUGUGCAAAUGAACCGCUGCGUGGCUGCAGAGUCCAAUGCAUCCUUCCGUAAAAAUUGCCGCAGCCAGCAACAAACUGACGAAACCGAUGCAAGCAUUAGUAUGGUUGUCAACGUUUCCUGCACUUCAGCCUGUACUGACGACGAGGAUGAGAGCGAUCUUCUCUCCAGCUCCACUCUGACACUCACAGAAGAAGAGCUUGGUAUUAAAGACGACGAUUCCAGUGUAACCUCAGAGGAGGAGUACAUUGAAGGUUCCCUCACUCUUGGGCUGGAUUAUAUAAAGGGUGAGUUUCAAAGCUGGAUGAAGCCUAGAUCCCAGAGUAAAGAGAAAAAUGAGGCAGAUCUAGUGGAUGAGCUACAGUGUGGCAUGUCUAAAGACAUCGUCUCACCAGUUAAAACCACAAACGAUCGUCACUUUCUCAGUCGGUCCAUGUUUAAACUAAUGGAAGCCAACACUAAUACUAAAAUCGAGCGCCUCGGGGAACAGGAGGUGGAUGGCAACCGAAGGGACGCCACCAGGAGCUAUAUCAACCGCUUUGUGGAUGACAUGGAGAAUGGGAAUGUCGAAAGCACUCACAUCAAAGGAAAGGAUGAAGACGAUGAGCUGCUGAGGGAAGAGGGAAGUCUGCUAACCAAGAAAGGGGAAUCAUUUAAAAACUGUUACGUGGUGGAUGCUGCCAAUGGCGUCAAAAGCGGUAUGGUGACUGCCACCUCUCCAUCCUCAUGCGAACAGUUGAGCUUGAGCUCAUUGGAAGGGCAGUUGAAAGGUGAGCUGCCCUGUCACAAUUCCCAUCUUCCCUCGCCCUCCAUCUCUCCCAGAGAUGAGUAUUCAGGGUUAUCUGCACACGUUCAUAGCCGACAGAAGCAACUCGCUGCCUUUCUGAAUGACGUUCACGAGAACCAUCAAGAAAGCUCUUCAGAGAGCUGCAACCACCCUGCUUUCAUCUCUGAAGAGGCCAAGAGUGACAGUGUCCAUGACUUUGUGAUGGAGAUCAUUGACAUGACAUCUGUGGCCCUGAAGACCAAAGAGGCCCAGGCAGAGCAGCCUACGGAGGUGUGUAGCCCAACGUCUGUGUCUCAGAUCAGAGAGAAGGUCCUUGAGCACUCCCAUCGGCUUAUCCAUUUGCGCAAGGGCGACUUCUACUCCUACCUGUCCCUGUCCUCACAUGACAGUGACUGCGGAGAGGUCACCACCUGCGCGGAGGACAAGAGCAGCACCCCGAUUCUUUCGAGUACGCCAGAUAUCCGUGACGAAGAGCCGCUCUUCGAGGCCUGCACCGAGGAAGUGUACUUGGGCCCUCCUCUUUGUUACAGCAUGUCCAUUAGCAAACGGCCCACAAGACACGCCGCCAAACUAAUAGAGCCGGCCAGUCUCCCGAGCCCAGCACUUUCAUCGGGCUGCGAUGAAUACCAAAAAGCACAUGGUAUUUCUCAAGGAAGUGUAGCUGGUAGCCAGCCAGAGUGCCAUAAUGAGGCGCCUUAUCUUAAUCCUUUACCAUGUGAAACCCCGAUAGAUACUGUUGAAUGUUUUGCAGAUACUAAAAUGCUUGAAUCCAAUAUUUCCCCUGUAAUGACUAAGAUAAGAGUCUCUUGCUCCACUACAAAUCCUUUAAAAGAGGAUGGCAGCCUUUAUAUUAAUCCCAAAAUUAACUGUCCGCUGAUAAGGAAGACUGAUAGCGAUGAAAGGGCUCCUGCUUCACAGUUGAUGAAACAGAAGAACGUCGGAAAAGGGCGCCGCUCUCUACAGGAAGCCAAGUCGACUCAUAAGCAGCUGGCAAGGUCAGAGAGCAGCGGUGGUGUUGCGGAGGGCUGCAGGGCUCAGAUCAGCGGUCCGCAGACACAUAGCUCAUCUGCAGGAAGGAGUAGAGUCAGCAGCAGGCCUCAGGUCAAGAGAUUCUCUGGAAGUCUCGCCACACCUGUGUGUAAACCAUGAUUGAUCCAGUGGAGGCUCUCUGAGGUCUGACACUCCACCUGUGGAUAGUGAUGUGGGGUCUGGAACGGACACCUAAAUGGAUGUUAGUGCAUGGGCCAUUAGUCUGGCACGUUAGAGAUCUAAGUCCUUCAUCCUCAGCACCCUCAUCCUCUUCCUCCUGGCUGCUUAACUAUUUACCUGUGACCUUUGCUCUCCUGGUGACCACCACCUCAAGCUCCACAUGAGACUGAGCCACCUCACCAGUCUUCCACCAUCCCGUCCCUGUCUAAAAGUACACGGCUAAUGUACACAUAAACAUCUUCUAUCAUAUCCCUGACGAUACUGAACCUGAUCAGCCAGCUAGCGAUGUCUAAGCAGGUUCAGCUGUUUCAUGCCGAAGCGUCAAGGCAUGUUGUUUGAGGGUCGCCCCAUCAAUCAGUUAUGUGGUCCUAAUCAGUCUCGAAUGAGACGUGACGUUGUGGAGGUUAUCAAACAGGCUUCACGUUACUCUCUAGCCAACUGAAGUAGCGCCACAGUUUCUAUGCAACACGACGGUUGUGUGAUGUUGUGUGGCAUGUGAUCUUUGGCAGAUUGAUGCGAAACCUUUUUUUUUUACUCCCUGAUAAACAAAGAAAUGUAUAAACUUUUUGUGCCUUGCAGUUACUAAAUUUUGUUGAACACUGCUUCACCCCCCUCGUGUGUCCUGUGAUCGGUAAGAAAGCAGACGUGUGGCAAGGCUGAGAAAGAUGAAUGGGCAUCUGUAAAUAUGUAAACUGUACGUUCAAACUCUGGUGUAUAAUGAUGUCAUAUUACUUCAUUGUCGUGUUCCUGUUUGUGUUACGUGACGUGGAUAAAUAGCUACUGUUAGACUGCAUGGUAAACUAUGUACAAGAAAACUUCCAUAAAUAAACCUAAUUUAAUGAACUCAU